CAGGGCCAGACUCUCUGCCACAUAGUAGACAAAAAUUAUAUUUUCUUCUCUGCUUAACCAUGUUGAAUACUGCACUCACAAAUCAAAUCAAAUGUUAUUUGUCACAUACACAUGGUUAACAAAUGUUAAUGCGAGUGUAGCGAAAUGCUUGUGCUUCUAGUUCCGACCAUGCAGUAAUAUCUAACAAGUAAUCUAACAAUUUCACAAUGAGUGAUGGCCGAACGGCAUAGGCAAGAUGCAGUAGAUGGUAUAGAGUACAGUAUAUACAUAUGAGAUGAGUAAUGUAGGGUAUGUAAACAUUAUAUAAAGUGGCAUUGUUUAAAGUGGCUAGUGAUACAUUUAUUACAUCAAUUUUUCCAUUAUUAAAGUGGCUAGAGUUGAGUCAGUAUGUUGGCAGCAGCCACUCAAUGUUAGUGAUGGCUGUUUAACAGUCUGAUGGCCUUGUCACGCCCUGGCCUUUGUUAUCUUUGUUUUCUGUAAUAGUUUGGUUAGGUCAGGGUGUGACAGGGGGGAUGUUUGUGUGUUUUUGUCUCGUCUUGGGUGGUUGUAUGGUAUAGGGGGUUUAGGUAGAGUAGAUGGGUUUGUGUUUGAGUGUAGGUGUCUAGGUAUGUCUAUGGUUGCCUGAAUGGUUCUUAAUCAGAGACAGCUGUCAUUCAUUGUCUCUGAUUGGGAGCCAUAUUUAAGGCAGCCAUAGGCAGUAGGCUUUUGUGGGUAGUUGUCUAUGUCUAUGUUGCAUGUGUGCACGUAGUUUGAUUAGCUUCAAGGUUGUUUUUGUAAGUGUUUGUCUUCAUUAAAGAAGAUGUAUUCAUAUCCCGCUGCGCCUUGGUCCUCUCUUCAAAGUUACGACGAUCGUGACAGGCCUUGAGAUAGAAGCUGUUUUUCAGUCUCUCGGUCCCCGCUUUGAUGCACCUGUACUGACCUCGCCUUCUGGAUGAUAGCGGGGUGAGCAGGCAGUAGCUCGGGUGGUUGAUGUCCUUGAUGAUCUUUUUGGCCUUCCUGUGACAUUGGGUGGUGUAGGUGUCCUGGAGGACAGGUAGUUUGCCCCCGGUGAUGCGUUGUUCAGACCUCAGGUGCAGACCUUCUUCACCACGCUGUCUGUGUCUGUGGACCAUUUCCGUUUGUCCGUGAUGUGUACGCCGAGGAACUUAACUUUACACCUUCUCCACUACUGUCCCGUCAAUGUGGAUAGGGGGGUGCUCCCUGCUGUUUCCUGAAGUCCACGAUCAUCUCCUUUGUUUUGUUGACAUUGAGUGUGAGGUUAUUUUCCUGACACCACACUCCGGGGGCCCUCACCUCCUCCCUGUAGGCAGUGUCGUCGUUGUUGGUAAUCAAGCCUACCACUGUAGUGUCGUCUGCAAACUUGAUGAUUGAGUUGGAGGCGUGCAUGGCCACGCAGUCAUGUGUGAACAGGGAGUACAGGAGAGGGCUCAGCACACUCCCUUGUGCGCACCCCAGUGUUGAGGAUCAGCGGGGUGGAGAUGUUGUUUCCUACCCUCACCACCUGGGGGCGGCCCGUCAGGAAGUCCAGGACCCAGUUGCACAGGGCGGGGUCAAGACCCAGGGUCUCGAGCUUAAUGACGAGUUUGGAGGGUACUAUGGUGUUAUAUGCUGAGCUGUAGUCGAUGAACAUCAUUCUCACGUAGGUAUUCCUCUUGUCCAGAUGGGUUAAGGCAGUGUGAGUGAAUAUGCACACACACACACCCUAAUGAUUAAUAGAAUAGAUCUACUGUACCUCCAGUGUUGAGGAAGGUGAUUUUUCCUUUCCCAGAGUACAUGUCAUAGUCCAACCUCUCCACCUCCCCUCCCCCUCAACUGGGCUUGGAGAAGAUAAUCUCCAAACAAUCUCUCAUUUGCUCCUCAGGCAUUGGGAAGGGGGGGGGGGACAUUGGAGAAGUUGACUGUCUUUGUGGAGACAUCAAGGUGCACCUGCACAGCGACAGCCACAAACCUUGUUCACAGUGUGCCACCUUGUCAACAGUACAGCACUAAAUCAGCCAUAAUAUAAGUAAUGGUGGACAAAUUUUCUUGAACGUACCCCUAACUCCUAACUCAAAGUAGAUUGGAACAUGCCGUUACACUUUGCAGUAAAGACGGUUAUUCCCUAGCCUAGCACACACACAGACUCCUUGGUAAAUGAAAUCAUUAUCAGGUGUAGGAGAUUGUCUUUUAAGGGCCACUAAACACACCGAUUGGCACGUGUGUUUGUCUGUUGCUCAUUAGAAAAAUGAGAUUUCAGUUUUGGAGGUGUGUUUCAUCCCCAUUUGGUUAUUGACGUUUGUCCCCCAUGAGACACUGUAGGCACGGAAGCCUAUUUCACUUCCUCAAAAUAACCAUAAUGAUGUUUUUGCCAAGGAUGUUUUAGUUUUACAUCUAACUAAGGUGUUUGGUACAAUAUUUCUCAAGUCAGAAAAUGUGCAACGUUUUGUCUUAUGAAAACAAAGUUGGAGGUGCUGGUCAGGUGUGUCUCACUGUCUAUGCUAUUGGAUAGAGCAACCACCGCAGCUGUUCACCCCAUGUUAGUGGGCAAAUGGACAUCAUCAAAUCAAAACCCAAGCUUCAUUUACCCGUUGUGACGCACAGAUGUUCCAAACUCAGUUUUAGAAGAGACUGACUUUAUGACCAAAAGUUAACCUAUUUACACUUUUUAGUCAAUUUUGACAGUAGAAUAACUGUUUCUGACUCGAAUCGAUGCCACAUAGUCAAUUUUCAAAGGGAUUUGUUGCUUUUUAAAGGCAGUCACUCUUUAAUGUCUUCAAGGUACUUAAUUAUAACAUUAAUUGCGUGAACUACUGUACCUCAAACUUGACAGAGGGGUCCAGUGUAAGGCUUUUAGGCUUCACAUACACCUUGUCUUUGUCACAGGACACAGUGCACUUGGCCAUCUUCAGGAUCUGGGCUGCCACUAGGGAAAAAAGGGGAAUCCCAGUAUUACACAUACAAUGAACAUAGAUAACUCUGGAAUAGGAUCAAAUCUGAUUUGUACAGUACAUUACUAUACAUGAAUUUGUCCUUUAUCAAGCCACAAAAGUAAGUGAUCUAGCCUAUUAUAUAUCAAAGGCUAAUCCAAAAUGAGAAGACAUGGUCCCUUUGUCUGUUCAUAUCUGUACCUUUUUCCUUGAUGCACUGACCGCUGUCAUCGCUGCCCUCGUUCUCCUUACUGGUAAACUUCACUUUCUUCUCAGGGAUCUGGGCAUAGAUCUGAAGCCAGCAGAGUCAAUACUGUGAGUGUUUGUUUCUUUUUAGUCCCCUCAUAUUAAGUUCAUAUCAAAGCAAUCUGUUGUUACAGCCUGCCGGUCAAAUUGACAGAGGGGUGGACAUUCUGAACCUUGUUCGAAGUCAGUUAUUUUUGUAGGAGCUAUUGAAAAACACAUAAAAAUUGCGUGAGAUGAAAAUAGACACACUAAAAGGUCUGCAAUGUGUAGGCCCGUUGAGUGUACAUUCUGAACCUUGUUUGAAGUCAUUAGGUCACAUGAACAAGGAGCUAUUGAAAUUUUGAAUUUUUAAACAUUUAUGUAAAAACGUGUGAGAUGAAAAUGGACAAACUAAGGGGUGUGCAAUGUGUAGGCCCACUGAGUGGACAUUCUGAACCUUGUUUGAGUCAAAUAGGUCACAUGACCAAGGAGCUAUUGAAAUUCGAAUGUAAAAAAGUUUAAACAUUGUUUAGGCUCCCUAACUAAUUCAUCUAGGAAUACAAAAUGCUGCUCACAUUUCCACAUGUUUAUUAGCUUUGGAAAGCGAAUGAAUGUCCAAAUCGUGAAAAUAAGACCUGUUCAAUCUUGUGCGCAAUUUUUCCAAUAUCAUGACACUUAUUUGGAGUCUGUGACUCAAGUGGUUUGAAAGCGCGAAUAUCCGUCGAAUAUCCCAUUUGAAAUUGGCUUUACCUCAGUGGAGAACCGAUUCUCUUUCUUGUUCAGUAAUAAUUCCAAGUUCCUCGAAGUCACGAGGUUAAAAUCAAAAGUGAAAGUUAUUUUAUGCACUAUACAGGGCGCAACCAUCAGGGCUCAACACAACAUAUUAGUACGGGUUUUCCAUGAUAACCGAAGUGUUUUAAGUGUCGAAUUUCAGAAUCGUCUUUCCCCUGAGACACGAACUGUCACUUCAACAGGACAGGUGAGCAAUCAAAGUUUCUGAAAUAAGAGUCAUACAAAUAUGAUCAUGUUUCAAUCAAUAUAGGUCGACCUAAUUGUCUGAAUAAUGACGGAAAAAACAGUGAUUUUGGAGGGUCUGCCAGACGACCUAGACAAAAUUAGAUCCAAGUUGGAUUUAUACUUCAAAAACAAAAGAAGGUCUGGAGGAGAGGUAUUACAAAUUCAAGACUAUCCUGGGGACAAGAAGAAGGCUCUGCUCGUUUACCUCGAAGAUGCAUCUCUGCAGAAAGUGUUGGCUAAAAGAGAUCAUAAGAUAGAUUUUAAAAAACCCAUUGGGGUGGUUGAGCUUCAAGUGAAACUGAAAGAGAAUGGCGGUGAAACAAAAGUGAAGAAUAUUAAACCACCUCUCUUACCAAAAAGAGACAAUCUGACUCUUGUGGGGAAAUCUGCACUCAACACCAAAGAGACGCAGCCAGUGUCAGAUAGUCAAGCAGAUUCAGUGGAGGAUAAGGAUAUUAAAGCAGACACAUAUACACUGCUUGUUAGAACCACCAAGGAACUCGAAAAGGAGCUCCUUAAAUUGUAUUUUGACCAGUUUGCAUCGGAAGAAGAAGGGGUCAGCAUUACAAGACAUGGCAAGAAUAGCUGGAUCCUCAAACUGUCCUUUCAGUCAGAUGCAGAGAAAGUCCUUGCCAAGAAGGAGCAUCAGUAUGGCAUUUCUGUGGAGGUGUACAAUGAGACUGCUGUGGAAGGGAAACUGGACAACAGGCGCUUCGUCCUGACUGGGUUUAAUGAGAGCUGCAAGUGCGACAUCAUCUCUCUGUUCAUCGGCAGCUGCAGCCAAGGGGCUGAGCAUGCUUGGGAGACCAUGGACGAUGGAGACAGAGUAGUGGUCAGCUUCAAACAGAACAUUGACAUAAAGUCCUUCCUUAGGAAAUGUGCAUCAAAGAAGUUCCAGGGCAUGGAGAUCGGGGCGUGUCGUUUAGAGCUGACAGACUCUGUGCUUGUCCAGGGAGACAUGAGCCAAAUCAAAGGAGGAGUGGAGGAGGCCCUCAAUCUCUACUUCUCCAGCAAAAGGAGCAAAGGAGGAGAUAUCAAGUCCCAGAUCUGGGUUACCAAGGGCAAGAGCAUGGUCAUCACCUUUGAAGACUGUCAUGUUGCCUAUCAGGUGGCGGAACACAAGCAUCAUUUCGGUGGGGUGGACCUCAUAGCUCAGCUAUUCUACUCCAGUCUGCAGAAGGCGUUAACAGGGCAAACAGCUCCCCAAUCAGACAUCCCUUCUAACAUAGCCCUUUGUCUCAGUUCAGCACUUUUCGACUUCAUUAAAUGUGAUGAAGCCCGCAAGCAGGAUUUAACAACUGGACUACGUAAGGUCAAUGCUAGCAUCUCCUUCAAUAUGAUCACAGAACCCCCACAGAUGGAGCUGGACAUGACCAUGGAGAAGGAGUCCUUGGGCAUGCUCAGACUGGGCCCUAAAUGGGGAAGAAUUGCCCGGAGAGAGGCUCUGGCCUUGCUAGAGAAAUACAAAGAGGUUCAGCUGCCCACAGCGGUGGAGGUCUGGGAAAGGGUUGAGAAUAGUUGUCUUGGUCUCAAAUCCUCUGAUGCCAGCAUCUCUUACAAGAAGAGCAAUGGUGAGAUUGUGGUGGUAGGAGUGCAGAAUGAGGUGAAGACCCUUGUGGAGAAGAUUGAGCACAUGGUGAAGAAGGUCAGUGAUGAGCUUCAGAUGGAGAGGAACACAAUAGUAAGAAAAAUCUCACUGCACUCCAAAGAGAAGUUUGAGAUCAUCUGGGAUAUUGUCUCUGGCAAACUAGUGGACGUGGAGUUUUCCAAAGAUGAAGAAAGCUUCAUCAUAUGUCUAAAGGGUUUGGAGAACAAGGUGAGUACCGCAGAAGGUGUUGUCCAUGAGGCAAUGGGGAAUGUUGAAACCAGACUGCUUAAUGUAUCAGUGCCUAUGAUGGAGUUCUUGAAAUCUCUGGACCUGAAGAAGUUUGAGAGGAAGCAUUUUGCCCAGAACCACAUAUCAUCUGUAUUCCUCCUUGGUGAUGGUUCCAUCCAGAUCCUUGCAGAAAGAGCUGACAUCCAGAGAGCUGAAGACACAUUACAUGAGGUCAUCAAAGAGGAGGUCAUCAAACUCACACCAGACCAAGCCCAUGUGACCAAUGGCGAACAAUGGACACAGUUCUUUGCCAUACUUAAUGGCGACCUCAAAUUCACCAAGAACAACCACAAUGUCAGCAUCUCAGUAACACAGGAGAAGAUUGGAGUCUGUGGAUUCUCCAGUGUGGUGGCAGAUGUGGCAGGGAAGUUGAGGGGAUACCUGGACAACAAGAAGCCGGAAACAGUGGAUGUCUCUCUCAAAUCAGUCCAGGAAGUAGAGUUUGUGGCCUCUUGCAUGAACCUCUCAGAGGUCCCUGAAAUCAAGGUUCUGGGCGUGACUAUACUGCCAUGCAAAACACUAGGAUCUCCUUGUCUGAAGAUCACGGCAGCGAGUGAUAAAAUCAAAGAGGCUGUAGAUGCAGUGAAACAGCAGGUCAGUACAAUUACAACGGAGAGGUACACAUACUCCAAAGCCGGAGAGUCCAAAGUCCUAGAGAAAAACCAAGUGGAUCUGCAGUCUAAGUUCAAGGAUUUAGGGUGCAAACUCUACCUAUCACCAGUGAUUACCCACUGUCAGAAAUACAGAUACAACAUUGAAGGUUGCUUCACUUUAACUGUUGGUCAGGGUAACAUCUCCGAACAUGCUGCAGAUGCUUUGAUCUGCCCUCUGAGCAGCAGUCUGUCCUUUGAUACUCCGAUCGCCAAGCAGUUCCUUCGGAUUGGUGGGCCUGAUAUCAGGAAGGUGUUUGACAAGUUCCUGAAGGAGAGGCAGACUCUACAGCCAGGAGAUGUGGUCUUGUCCAACCCAGGCACCCUUGGAGCUCAGCACCUCAUCUAUGCAGUGAUUCCAGUAUGGGAGAAGGACACCUCAACUCUAAAAAAUAUCAAUCUACAGUUGACGGUCCAGAACAGUUUACUGAAUGCAGACAUCAAGAAGUGUGUCUCCAUUUGUAUGCCAGCGAUGGGGUCUGGUACCUUUGGUUUUCCCGACACAGAGAGCUGUGCAGCAGUUAUCAAGGGAGUCCUCGGUUUCAUUAAACAGAAACCCCAACACCUGAGGAACAUAUUUGUGAUAGACUCCGAUGCCAAGAUAGUGGGGGAGUUCCAGUCAGCCAUUAAAGGAGAGGGUUAUGGUCGACAACAAAUAACCAACAAAACAGCAACAGGCACAACUCCAACUGCUCCCUCUGCAGCCACUGCCCCACAUAACACACAUCCACCACCAGCCCUAGUGGCUAAGCCAGGCUCAGACAUCAAAGUGAUUAUUAGUGGAGUGUCAGUGAUCCUGAAGAAGGGAGACAUCACCAAAGAGACAGUGGAUGUCAUAGUGAAUUCCAACAACCAUCAUCUGAAUCAUAAUUCUGGUGUGUCUGGAGCCAUCCUAAAGGAAGCUGGGAAAUCAGUAGUGGAUGAAUGCAGAACAAGGGUACAAUCACUUGGUGUCCUGAAGGACGAUGAUGUUGUGCUCUCAUGUGGUGGGAAACUGAACUGUAAGAACAUAGCUCAGAUAGUUGGGCCCAAGAAUGCUGCAGAUAUCACUACCUCCAUAGAGAAGGUCCUUAAUCUGUGUGAGCACAGGAAGGCAGUCACAGUGUCCAUUCCUACUAUUGGCACAGGGAAAGGUGGGAUUGAGCCCAAAGAUUCCAUCAAGGCCAUACUAAAAGGACUGGAGAGCCACAUAUCACAGAUGCCUUCAUCCAGCAUCAAAAUCAUCUUCAUAGUGGCCUUUGAGCAAAAGAUCUUUGACCUCUUGAGAGAUUACUUCAACGAAAGGAACCUGGGCCCACACAAAAUCGAGCAGGACAAAGAUGAUCUUUGUAGUGAUGAUGAUGAUGAUGAUGAUGAUGAUGACAGUGACUCUGAUGAUGAUGACACCAGCUCUGGGGAAGGAGACGGCAGCCUUGGCCAGACAGGAAAGACCAUUGAAGCAAUAAUUGGGCCAGUGAAGGUCAAGGUGGUAUGUGGGGACAUCACUAAGGAGAAAACAGACGCCAUCGUCAGCAGUACAAACUCAAGCCUCAAUCUGAACUCAGGUGUUUCAGGAGCCAUUCUAAAAGCAGCUGGACAGUCGGUUGUGGACGAGUGCAAAGCUUUAGGGACCCAACCCAAUGAUGGUGUUGUCAUGACCAAACCUGGAAACAUCCAGGCCAAGCACAUCAUUCACAUGGUGGGGCAGACCAAGGAGAAGGAGAUCACCAGCUCCAUGCUCAAGGUGUUGAAGAUGUGUGAAGACAAGAAAAUCCAGUCGGUCUCUAUUCCAGCACUUGGAACAGGUGCUGGUAACUUGGGAGCAGUGGAGGUUGGGAAUGCAAUGUUGCACGCAAUAACUGAGCUACAGAAAACCAUCGGAACCCCAUCAGUUAAAACGAUUCACAUUGUUAUAUUCCAAACCAAGAUGAUGAAGGACUUUGAUGAGGUUAUGAAAAACUUCAAAAAGGUGACACCCAAGACUGCUGCCAAAAAGUUAUCAAAAACGGUCCAAAAAAACACACCAGCCCAGCCUGCUCCUACCAAACCAGCCCUGUGUUUGGCCAGCGCCACAGCAGCGGUGGUCUUCCCCAGUAUGGAGGCCGAGGUGUACGGGCCUUCCCCUGCCAGCCUGGCUCAGGUGAAGAAACUUCUGGACGAGCUGGUCUCUGAGGAGUGCGUUAGCCAGGACCUGCCCUCCAGCCACCUGCCCCUGCUGCUGGAGCCGCAGAAACAGGCCAUCGUGGCCCUGAGCCAGAAUAACCAGGUCCGUGUCCUGGUAACAUCCCCAAACAAAGUCACUGUCUCUGGGAAGAAAGACGACGUUUUUUCCGCUGUCCUCCAGAUUAGGGACUAUCUGCUGGGGGCGAGGGACAGGGAUAACCGGGAGGGAGAGGAGAAGAGGAUGAGGGAGACGGUGCGCUGGGAGGCCGGAGAGGGAGAGUCCUGGGGAGAGCUGGAUCAGAGUCUCAGCUAUGACCUGGAGCUGGCCUGCCACAGGAAAGACAAGAGUUUUAAAUAUAACCACCAGGGGGAGACAUUCACUGUUGAUCUGAGCGGAAUGCAGCAGACUGACAGCAAAGGGACAAUCACCAGGGUCAAAAGGAGCCUUGUGGCAGAUUCUGACACAGCUGUCAUUCAGUUCCCACGUAGCUGGACCAGAAUGGACAGCAAGGAUCUGGAGAUAGUCACACUGGCUCCUAACUCAGGGGAGUACCAGAGCAUAGAGAAGGAAUUUGUUGCAACCUCCAAGAAACCAAAUACUAAAACACAAUCAACCGUUCAGAUUGUCCAGAUCCAGAGGAUUCAGAGCAAGGACCAGUGGCAGAGGUACGCAGUGAAGAAACAGGCGUUGGAUAAGAAGUAUCCUAAAAACAAGAAUGAGCUGAACCUUUACCAUGGCACCACCAAAGACAUCUGUCAGAAAAUCAAUGCCUGUGGUUUCAAUAGGAGCUUCUGUGGGAGAAACGCUACUGUUUACGGGGAUGGGACCUACUUUGCCAAAGAGACGUGGUACUCGUGCCAUGAUGCCUACUCCAACCCAGACGCCAGUGGGCUUAAGUACAUGUACCGUGCCAGGGUGCUAGUGGGUAACCCCUGCCUAGGGGUGCGGGGCAUGAAGGAGCCGAACCCUCUGAACCCUACUGAUCUCCAUCAGGGCCUGCAUGACUGUGCUGUCAAUGACCUGCAGAAUCCCUUUAUUUAUGUGGUGUUCUGGGAUGCAGGGGCCUACCCUGACUACCUCAUCAGCUUCAAGACUGUAUGAGAGAGAGGCGCCUGUUGGACUUUUUUUUAAAGAAUACAGCACUGAAACGCCAAUAAUGCAAAAUGUAACAUUUGCACUCUAUAAACUGUAGAAACUGCACUAUAUAUACAAAAGUAUGUGGACACCCCUUCAAAUUAGUAGAUUUGCACUUUCAGCCACACCCAUUGCUAGCAGGUGUAUAAAAUCGGGCACACAGCCAUGCAAUCUCCAUAGACAAACAUUGGCAGUAGAAUGGCUUUACUCAAGAGCUUAGUGACUUUCAAUGUGGCACCAUCAUAGGAUGCCACCUUUCCAACAAGUCAGUUAUUAACAUUUCUGCCCUGCUAGAGCUGUUCCGGUCAACUGUUAGUGCUGCUUAUUGUGAAGUGAAAAUACCUAGGAGCAACAACGGCUCACCCGCCAAACAAACAAGGCCAAACAAAUUCACAGAACGAGACCGCCGAGCGCUGUAGCGCGUAGCAUGCAAAAAUGGUCUGUUCUUGGUAGCAACACUCACUACCGAGUUCCAAUCUGCCUUUGGAAGCAAUGUCAGCACAAUAACUGUUUGUCGGGAGCUUCAUGAAAUGGAUUUCCAUGGCCGAGCAGCCGCACACAAGCCUAAGAUCACCAUGCUCAAUACCGAGCAUCAGCUAGAGUGGUGUUAAGCUCGCCGCCAUUGGACUCUGGAUCAGUGGAAACGCAUUCUCUGGAGUGAUGAAUCACGCUUCACCAACUGGCAUUCCGACGGACGAAUCUGGGUUUGGCAGAUGCCAGGAGAACGCUACCUGCCCCAAUGCAUAGUGACAACUGUAAAGUUUGGUGGAGGAGAAAUAAUGGUCUGGGGCUGUUUUUCAUGCUAGGCUAGGCCCCUUUGUUACAGUGAAGGGAAAUCUUAACACUACAGCAUACAAUGACAUUUUAGACGAUUCUAUACUUCCAACUUUGUGGAAACAGUUUGGGAAAGGCCAUUAACUUUUUCUGCAUGACAAUGCCCCUGUGCACAAAGCGAGGUCCAUACAGAAAUGGUUUGUUGAGAUCGGUGUGGAAGAACUUGACUGGCCUGAACAGAGCCCUGACCUCAACUCCAUCGAACACGUUUGGGAUGAAUUGGAAUGUGACUGCGAGCCAGGCCUAAUUGCCCAACAUCAGUGCCUGACCACACUAAUGCUCAUUUGGCUGAAUGGAAGCAAGUCCCUGCAGCAAUAUUCCAACAUCUAGUGGAAAGCCUUCCCAGAAGAGUGGAUGCUGUUAUAGCAGCAAGGGGGGACCAACUCCAUAUUAAUGCCCAGUGUUGUCGUACUCAAGACCUGUCUCAGUCUUGAGUCCGGUCUGGAGAUCACAUAUUGAGUGUCUUGGUCUUGUCUCGCUGUCGGUCUUGUCUCAGACAGUGAGGACUAGUAAUGUCUUCUCAAGACCAGAAAAAUGUUUGCAGUCAGAGUGCAGUAUAACUGUAGAUAGAGCCAGUAUAACUCCAGUAUACUGCAAAUACUGCGUCCAAAAUAAGUUUUUUUUUACUGCAGUAAUUUUGCAUUGUGACUGCAGUUACAGUGCACUAUAACGGCAGUAUUCUGCAAUUACUGCGUCCGAAAUACCAGUCGACUGCAUUUUCAAAACUGCUAUCUUUUAAAACUGCUAAAAAACGAAUUAUCAGCUUCCAUUCAGUCAGCACAUAAAACCGCAUAGCCAGGCCAAAUAUAUACACAUCUUUCUUGAAACUUUAAUAUCUUUACAUGAUCUAUUAGAGACAUGUUUGUGCAGCUGUGAACCUAUAGGCAGGCCUUCAGUGUGUGACUGGUUUGUGAUUCUGAAAGGCCAGCAACCGUAAUAACAGCACAUUCAUGUAGGAGAGUGCACUUUUUGUAAAACACAAAGGACCAGUGGUGUAGUGGAGGGUAUACGCAGGUAUAAACCAUAUAACCACUUUUUUAUAUUCACUUCUUAUUCCCUAAUGAUGUGUAGAGGAGGUAUGAUUCAUCAAUUAUGUAGUACAAUAGAGAAAUCAUGCACAAAGUAGCCUACACAAUCGCAAAGCACGUGAAAUAAAUGCACAUGCGUGCUGCUCAUAUAGCCUAGUUUCAGCGGAAUAUCAUCUGCAGGCAGCAGAAGUGUGCAGCACUCAAUUGGAUUUGAAAUGGAGCAGCUCACAGAAGAAUGACAUCGGUAGCCGGUAAAGUAAGAAAGACGGUUCAAUUUAUGAUAUCUACCAGUAAAUUACUCGUUGGUUAUUACUGCAUUGUCGGAACUAGAAGCACAAGCAUUUCGCUACACUUGCAUUAACAUCUGCUAACCAUGUGUAUGUGACAAAUAAAAUUUGAUUUGAUUGUAAAUGCUAACUAAGGCAACAACGGGUACGCAAACCAUGUGUUCACAAAAUUUACCCCGAUGUGUUUACUUAGGAGGCUAUUUGUGAUGCUCAAUUGUCAUCAUGCGCUGUUUGCAUCCGGGGCGUAGACACCCACUGUAGAGCUAGUACCUGGCAGGGCCGUCCAAUCAGAUUGAUGUUGUUUAAGCAUUGUUGUUGACCUUUUUUUAUUUUUUCAAUUAAAAUAGUGUGAUUUUGAGAGUGAAUAUCUGAUAAAUCUAUAGGAAAACAUAGGAUUUUUCAUACAGUGUUCCUUUCCUUCGCUGGGCAGGUCGUUUGGAAACUUUUUGGCAAAAUUAGAGUAUACCCACUUCUCCAGGCACCACUGCAUAGGGCCGAUGGAAAGACAGCAGUCACACACAGUAUGAUGUUAAAGGAUAAGCAGUCCAUGAACUCAGAUAUAAUAAGCCUGUAGGUCUUAAUCAUAAGAAUACAAAAACACAACCAUUCAUCAAUCACAUUUAUUUAUCAAGCCCUUUUUACAUCAGCAGAUGUCACAAAGUGCUAUACAGAAACCCAGCCUAAAACCUCAAACAGCAAACAAUGCAUAUGUAGAAGCACGGUGGCUUGGAAAAACUCCCUAGAAAGACAGGAACCUAGGAAAAAACCUGGAGAGGAACCAGGCUCUGAGGGGUGGCCAGUCCUCUUCUGGCUGUGCCGGGUGGAUAUUAUAAGUGUACAUGGUCAUUAAAAAGGCCAGAUUGUUCUUCAAGAUGUUCAAAUGUUCAUAGAUGACCAGCAGGGUCAAAUAAUAAUCACAGCAUUUCCCAAUCGAAAUGUAUAUUCCUUCCCAUUGCAAAAAACAUUUCACGUUUAGCACACAAAGUAACCAGUGACCUAAAGUUUAAAGUGAAGCUGACAGUGUUUUAACUACUUUGCAGAUAUGAACAAACAGACCAUCAUAAUAUAAUACCUGUCAAAAUAUAAAUUUCUGCUACAAAUAUCAAGUUAUGCUACAAAACCAUCUUCAUAAGAGGUUUUAAAAAUAGGUUAUAUUUGACUCAAUGUUCCAUGAUGUACACUAAGGCAUUGUUGGCAGAAUAGAUGGAGGCAGUUCAAUGCAUAAUUAAUAUAAUCCACCAAUACAUUUCUUGGUAGUCCAAAAAAUAUUGCUAUCAGGUUGUAAAUCACAGCUGACCUGGUACAUUGUUUCAAUUUCAAUGACUCAAUAUUCUAGAAGGCCCAUUGUUCCCCACUGUGUUUGGGUUGGUAAUAAUUUGUAGUGGCUUUAUUUUACUUCAGCAUGCAUUCUUUUCACUAUUCUGAACAUCUAAAGAAUCCAUAUGUUCUGAAAUAUGAACACUGAAAUACUGGACAUUUUGAACUCUUGUUAUGGUAAUGAUUUGUCAAAAUUACAAUCAUGGCCUCAGUCUUGACUCGGUAUCGAACCCCUUGUCCCGAUCUCGGUCUUGACUCGGUCUCGGACCCCUUGUACCCCUCCCAAUCUCGGUCUUGACUCGGUCCCGAACCCCUUGUCCCCCUCCCGAUCUCGGUCUUGACUCGGUCUCGGACCUCUUGUCCCCCUCCCGAUCUCGGUCUUGACUCGGUCUCGGACCCCUUGUCCCCCUCCCAAUCUCGGUCUUGACUCGGUCCCGAACCCCUUGUCCCCCUCCCGAUCUCGGUCUUGACUCGGUCUCGGACCCCUUGUCCCCCUCCCAAUCUCGGUCUUGACUCGGACUCGAUUUGCCCGGUCUUGAAUCGGUCUUGCUUUAGGUGGUCUUGAACACAACACUGUUAAUGCCCAUGAUAUUGGAAUGAGAUGUUCGACAAGCAGGUGUCCCACAUACAUUUGGUCAUGUAGUGUAGUUUAGUGGUAAAUAGUAGGCCUAAUGCCUUAACAUUAUAUUGUAUUGAUUUUCCUGUGAGGGUUCACUAAAAGCUGCCUUUGUUUGGCACAGAAAAGCUGUGAACUGUACACUAUUAUGUUUAGUUUGGUUUUGAAAUUCUGACAAUACCCAUGUCAAAAUAAGUAUUCUGGCUUUUAUGUCUCAAAUCAAUAUAAUCUCUGCAAAUCACGAAGUGCCUCUUCUAACCUGUCCAAGUGCAGCCAAAUAGUGUGGCUCAGUAGGUAGGGCAUGGCACUUUGUGGGUUUGAUGCCCACGGGUAACCAGUAUUAAAAAGUAUGAAGUAUGCACUCACUAUAAGAUGCUCUGGAUAAGAGUGUCUGCUAAAUGACUAAAAUGGAAAUGCAUAACUUAAUGUCCUGUCUUUACCCAAAUAAUGUUCUCAGGGUGUUCGUAUAUACUGUUUUCACAAAGUCUUCACAGUCCUAGACUUUUUCCACAUUUUGUUGUUACAGCCUGAAUUUAAAAUGGUUUAAAUUGAGAUUGUGUCACUGGCCUACACACAGUACCCCAUAAUGUCAAAGUGGAAUUAUGUUUUGACAAAUUUUAACAAAUGUAUUAAAAAUGAAAAGCUGAAA